GUCCAUCCUUCCCCUUCAUCCUCUCCAUCCUUGCUUCUUACAACGCUCUCGCCCACCCAGGUUGUGGGGGGCACGGCGACCUCGGCUGGAAACGCAAUCUUCGCGGGCGAUUCAUCUCACGGGACAUGGUAUCAGACCCAAACAGCAUAGAUCUCAACGAUGAAUGCACCCCGUACUCGUACCAGCCCGUCCUAGACGUCGAGAAGAACUAUCCUCCAAUCUGGGAUACGGCCACCCUCAUCCCUGGCGAUCAGGCAGCUGCCAGCCUCUUCGCGUCCAUCAACGCCAGCGUCAACUCGCUGCUCCCCGCUGAUCUCCCACAUGGUGCACCGACGGGCAAUUGGACCGGAGUGACCUACUCCUCCGCGGACCCGGACUGCUGGUGGUCGUGGAACGAAUGCACCAUGCCCAAGGUCUCCUUCCUUCAGCCGGAUAUCAUCAGCGUCCCCGAACCCAACAGCUGGGGGUACGGCUUUGACGACGGCCCCAACUGCUCCCACAACGCAUUCUACGACUUCCUGCAGCAGCAACAGCAGAAGGCUACCAUGUUCUAUAUUGGAAGCAAUAUCAUGGACUGGCCGCUGCAGGCCAUGCGUGCGAUCACCGACGGACACCAGGUCUGCGUCCACACAUGGAGUCAUCAGUACAUGACCGCGUUCACGAACGAGGAGGUGUUUGCAGAACUGUACUACACCCGGUCGAUCAUCAAGGAUAUCCUCGGUGUCACUCCCCUUUGCUGGCGCCCGCCGUACGGCGACGUCGAUAACCGCGUGAGGUAUAUCGCUAGCCAGCUCAACCUCUCUACCAUCGUGUGGGAGUACGAUACCAACGACUGGCGGGAAGGAACCGGCAGUCCGGUGGUCACGCCAGACCAGAUCGACGCCAACUACCAAGAGAUCAUCGAUGCGGCUAAUAAUGGAACAUAUGCCAACCGACCCGGGCCGCUCGUGCUCACCCAUGAGCUCACCAACUUUACAAUGUCCGAAGCGAUCAAGUUCUACCCAAAGAUCAAGGCUGCCUUCGCCCACCUCCUGCCCAUCGCCACGGCGCUGAACCAGACAAACCCUUAUGUGGAGCAGAACGUCACUUACCCUACGUUCGAGCAGUACAUCUCAGGGCAGAACGCUUCCAGCGGAGCUGCUGGGUCGACGACUGCUUCUGGCACGAUCAUCGGCUCGCCCUCCACUACGGCGACCCCAGGAAAGACAUCCCUGGCAAGCAGGCAGACCAGCCAGGUAUUCGUCCUUCUCCUGCCCGCCUUCAUUGCUGUUUCCUGCCUCAGCAUGUGGUGAAGGAGCAUCUUACCUUCCCUUACGUUUUUGGUUGACGAUCGAGGUUGGACCUUUCACAAUCUUCAGGAACACCUUCUUUACACGGAUUCACGCUACUUCAACUUCUUGCCUUGCUCUAUCAGAGAAAAAGACAAUACGAUUCUUCUAUUGUUGCUUCAUGAACCAGCAUACUAGUUCCCACGGAUUCCUCCACUGGCUCGGGGCCCAGUUUGGUCCGUUCUUUCUCUUCCCUCUGCAUCCCUUCGCUCCAGGCCUGUUCAGGCUAUGGCAGUGAGGUGCAACAAGCACAUGUCGUACAGAUGUAUGGAGACUAUGUCGUUUCCUUUCUGUCCUCCGUCCUCCAACUAUUCGGAGGCCCCGCGCUGUAACCAACGCUCUUCACGACAAUCAGGUUCGGGCUUUUAACACCCUCGAGGAACAAUUUUUCCUUGCACGACUUCACGUCAGUUCUUGCUUCGCUCUAUCAGAUAAAACAUAAUAUGAUCCC